AGGAUUUAGAUGCUUGGAAGGCGCUGCAGUAUCGACUAUAUUUUUGAUAUGACGGUCAACAAAAGUGUAACAAUUCCAAUUCCCGUUAUUAGUGCAAUGCAUUACAUUAUGUACAUAAAACUAGAUCAUGUAUAUAAGUGCAACCAUUUCCACAUAAGUAUACCUUGCACAAUACUAAUAUACAGUAAUUAUGUUGGUAUAACUAUGCGUAUUAUAGUUCAUGCUUAAUAUACCAGCAGUUAUUUGCCU